AUGCUUUCACGUCGCAAUGAUCUCCCCUCUCCACCACCACUCGUCUCACUGAGCGCCUCGAAGCCAAUCAAUGACGCUACGUUUAAUCGUUUCGCGACACUCCUGGCUAUCAAAAUUCUUGGACGCUUUCGACUGAGGCAUGGCAACGUUGUCAUGUUGACAAAUAGGAUAUGUGUCAAAUAUGGGAGCCGCAUAGAUCUAUCAGAAGCAUCAGCAAUGCUAUUUAUCUCGGAAAACACCUCCAUCCCGGUGCCCAAAGUUCUAUGUGCGUUCGUUCAUUCCGGCUGCACAUACAUUGUGAUGGAAAGGAUUGAAGGAGAUAUAAUUGGCAAUGGAUGGGUGAGACGGAGUGCAGAUUCACAGACGAGACUUCUUUCGCAGUUAAAAGAAAUGAUCAUGGAGAUGCGGGAGCUUCAGCCACCAGCAAAUACAGUUGCCUCUGUUGACGGCAGAUCGCUUUUUGACUGCCGUAUUGGAGGUCCAUUCAUGCGGUUUGGCCCAUUUGCUACCAUCCAAGACUUUCAUCGACAUUUGCGCGGAGGUAUGGAAUUCGAUUCCAGGCUCGACCCAGAUGUUCAGGACCUUAUCAAACGACAAAACAACUCAUGGCCAAUGAAAUUCACUCAUGGCGAUUUAAGCAGUCUCAACAUUCUUGCUCGUGGGGAUACCAUUGUCGGGAUUAUUGAUUGGGAAACUGCUGGUUGGUAUCCCUCGUAUUGGGAAUACACGACAGCCUGUCAAGUCAAUCCGCAAAAUUCAUUUUGGAUCAAUGAGAUUGAUAGGUUUCUACAACCAAUGCCUGAGGAGCUGGCAAUGGAAAAGAUCCGUCAGAGACGCUUCUGA